GGUAGUAAAAUCUAGCUUAAUUGAAUGUGAAGUCCAAUACUAGAACGGUUCCAUGUUCUCUCCUGGCGCAGGAUAAAUAACGCAUCCCGUCAGAUCCGUUGCAGAUGCUACUUCUUCGUUCUUUCUGUCAUCUGCUUUCAAUUUGGCCUUGAGCUACAAUCAACCGCAUUUCAAUUUGCAGUUGCUGUUGUAUUGUCAGCACUUUUAAGUCAGAUCUAGGGUUUCCUUUGAUCAGUAUUCCUCGAUCCCUGCCAGAUUAAAUUCGGUUUAACAUUGCUGGGUCUUCGGAUCUCUGAUUUUAAGAGUUAAUUGGUGAUUGCAUCUGUGAAGUACCCGAUUGCAACGGUGGGCUAAGGAAAAUGCCAGUCAAAUCGGCGCAAUCAUCGUUUCGGGAUCGGACACAGGAAUUCCAGAGCAUAGCUGAGAGGCUAAAGAAGUCAGUCUCGUCCAGUUCAGGGCCAAACGGGCCCAGCAGUAGUUCAAGAUCGGAGGAACAGCGAUCUGCAGUUGCAAUUCAGUCAGAAUUCAAUCGGAGGGCUUCCAAGAUUGGUUAUGGGAUACAUCAGACGUCACAGAAACUUGCUAAGCUGGCCAAGUUGGCAAAAAGGACUUCGGUUUUUGAUGACCCCACCAUGGAAAUCCAAGAGCUCACAGCAGUUAUUAAGCAAGAUAUCACUGCACUGAACUCUGCUGUUGUAGAACUGCAGCUAAUCAGCAACGCUAGAAAUGAUAGUGGAAAUAUCUCUAGUGACACAACUAGUCACUCAACCACAGUUGUUGAUGACCUUAAAACACGAUUGAUGAGCACCACAAAAGAGUUUAAAGAAGUCCUCACCAUGCGAACAGAGAACUUGAAGGUACAUGAGAAUAGAAGACAGUUGUUUUCUUCCACUGGUUCUAAGGAAGCUGCGAAUCCUUUUGUUCGUCAACGUCCCUUGGCUGCAAAGUCCGUUGCCAAUGCCCCUGCACCCCCAUGGGCUAGUGGGUCAACAUCUUCAUCUCAGUUGUUUCCAAAGAAACAAGUGGAUGGGGAGAGUCAACCAUUACUGCAGCAGCAGCAGCAGCAAUUGGUUCCAUUGCAGGAUUCAUAUAUGCAAAGCAGAGCUGAAGCUCUUCAGAAUGUUGAGUCCACUAUUCAUGAGUUGAGCAGCAUUUUUAAUCAAUUAGCAACACUUGUUUCCCAACAAGGGGAAAUUGCCAUCAGGAUUGAUGAGAACAUGGACGCGUUGGCAAAUGUAGAAGGGGCACAGGGGGCUUUGCUAAAAUAUCUGAACAACAUAUCUUCUAAUAGGUGGCUGAUGAUCAAGAUAUUCUUUGUAUUAGUAUUUUUCCUUAUGGUUUUCCUAUUUUUUGUGGCAUAGUCAUCCCAAAGAUACAAGAGAAAUGAAGACAGUGCGACGACCUUACUUACUGGUGAUGAGUCUUCUGCUUUUCAUUAAUAUUUCUUUUGUUAAAUAUUAUAUUCAUGCCUGCAGAGUUUUACCCUCCGGUCUGUGAAAUUUGAUACUUGUAUGUAUUGAUUUAUGUAAGAAGGUUACAAAUUAGAAGAAUUGCGUAUAA